AAGGAGGCUUUCCCUAUCUCUCACCGUCCCUGUUCUCUUUCUUAAUCCCUCCGUUAAACAAGCAGACGUAGAGACAGCACGAAACCUCCCGGACCAUUUGGUCUGCUUCCAAGAAACCUUCAUCAACCGCACCCGCUGUUAAAGACCACGCGCGACCCGGAGCCAGCCGGGCAAGCAAGGAAGCAAGCAUGCUGGAGCUUCUGCUGGUCGGGUGCAGCAGCGUGGUGGUGCUCCUCCACGGCGCCACCCUCUUCCUCCGCGCGCUCUUGGCGCCGCGCCACGCCGUCGCGCGCCCCAUCAGUUUCAAGAGCUGGUGCACAAAGCAUCUGAAAUUUUGCCAGUACUACUUCCAGGGAUGAGACGAGAGCAACAACUCCGACAAUUACAACUCCCGGCAGGUUCAUCAGCGACAUCCCACUGAUACAAAAACCUACAGAUAUACCGGUACUACUUGUUUAGUAAUUAUUAGUUGAUGACAUUUCCGAGUUGCCACCCCACUCAACUUAUUGUCUUCGUUAGUUUAUCGCUGAUAAAGAAGACUAGCUAGCAUCUAUUAGUACUCGUCAAACAUGCAACAGCUACGACCAUUUCCAUAAACAUUUAGACAAGAAGCUCGAGCACGCAUAACCGAACAUGGAUCCAUCAUAUCCAGCCAUGCUUUGGUUAGUUUGGGAUUAUAUAUAUACUUUGAAUUAGCUGUUCCAGUACCAACUUGCCGCGCAUUUUCCUCCCCGAAUCUCGAUAGUUGAAACGGUAUGCCAUCUCCUGUGAUUGGGAGAUUCAGUGAAAUGGUAUGCCAUCUCCUGUGAUUGGGAGAUUCAGAUAUAUCAAUGUAUCUGCGUAACUCCAUAGUGCUUCAAAAUAAUUUGAACGACUGCGUCUCUUAUAUGUGAGCUGCACCUACUAGUUACUACUUGACUUGCUUGAUAUUUCAAUUAUUGUAAAUUGGUCUCGAUUAUUCUUAAGGGAAUAUUACUUGGGACGUGUUUGUAUAUGGCCAUUGACGAAGUCCAAGCUGUGUAAUCAUCACCUAGGACCCUCGUAUUUGUAUAAAGCUAGCCAUAGAAGAAGAGAGGCCUUCGGAAGAGCCUAUCAGAGACACAUACAGAGCUCCAAUUGAUCACCGCGACGAUGAAGAUAGUGCUUCAAGUGGCCAUCACAUGCGAGAAGUGCAAAACCUGCGUCCUGGGGCUCACCUCAGAAGUUCAAGGGAUCAAGUCACUGACGUUCGACGAGGAGAAGUCCACGUUGACGGUGGUGGGGGACGUGGACGUGGUGGUGGUCGUGGAGAAGCUGCGCAAGAAGAAGCACCCGGCGAAGGUGAUCUCGGUGACAGACGAGAAGAAGGAGGCUGAGGAGAAGAAGAAGAAGGACGAGGAAGCGAAGAAGAAGAAGGAAGCAGAGGAGAAGAAGAAGAAGGAGGAGGAGGAGGAGAAGAAGAAGAAGUGCGCCCAACUGUGCCCCCCGCCGUGUCAGCCGUGUCAGCCGUGCCCGCCGUGCCCGCCGUGCCCCAAGCUGUUCCCUCAGCCGUGCCAGCCGUACUACAUCGCCGUCGACGACCAACCCGGCCCCUGCACCAUCGUCUGAGAAGAAGAUGAUCAUGGCGACCAGCAGCCAUGUAUGCAAUUUACUGCUGCUGCUGCUGAAAAGCCACGCUUCCAGGAAUUCCAGUUUCAAGUCUAAACCUCGAUUGGUUUAAUUGAAUGAAAAGAUGCUUUGAGAAAUAUUCAGUCGAAUGAUCAGAAAUAAGAUGCUUCUCACAAGAAAUUCCAAGUUAAGCAAGAAUGAUAGGCAUUGGACUUUUUUCUCGACAAGUUGCGGAUGUAAAUCAGUUGCUUAAUCAAUGCAUGUAAGUACAGCUUGAACGCGCUGUACUUACGUGAACUGAUUAAGUUGAAUAAAAUUUUCCAAUUUGUCACGGAAAUGACUCAAGAAUUUCACUAUGUGCAUAGUCUUCCUUUAGAAA